AUGGCCACCCGCCGCCUGCUCCUCGACACCAUGAAGCAGAUCUGCCUCUGUGCCGCUGCCUCCUUCGCGAGCCAGGACUGGACCAAGAAUGAUGAGAAGCUCCUGCAAGCUGUGGACUACAAUGAUGCCGGGAGGGUGACCUCACUCCUCCUCCGCAAGGGCCUGGUUGCCACCAAGUUGGACUCAGAGGGCAAAUCUGCGUUCCACUUGGCUGCCAUGCGGGGGAACGUGGACUGCCUCGAAGCCAUGCUGGCCCAUGGUGUGGAUGCCAUGACCAAGGACAGUUCAGGUUACACUGCUCUGCACUUGGCAUCCAAGCACGGCCAUCCGCAAUGUGUGAGCAAGCUGCUGCAGGCUUCCUGCCCUGUGGACGUGCCUGACAACAGCGGCCGGACGGCACUGCACCAUGCGGCUAUCAGUGGUUGUAUCACAUGCUCAGAGAUACUCUGCGAUUUCAAGGCUCCCUUGAACAUCAAGGACAAAGAUGGCUUCACUCCCCUGAUCCUCGCUGCCAAGAUGAGCCACUCAGAGCUGUGCCAGUACCUGCUGCACCGUGGAGCGGCAAUAAACAGCCGAGACCUGCAAGGGAGAACGGCCUUGAUGUUGGCCUGCGAGAAUGGCAGCGUGGAGACUGUGGAGGUGCUCGUCAACGCGGGCGCCCAUGUGGCUGUGGUGGACUCCAUGGGCCACGACGCGGCUCACUACAGCCUGGCCACGGGCAACGCUCUCAUCCAGCAUUUCCUGCAAGAGGCGGCGCAGCGCCGGUCCUGGGCCAGCGAAGAGGAGUCGACUGGGCAGACAUCUCAGGCAUCGUCACCCAGCCAGUCCACAGGCAGGGAGAAGAGCAGCACCCCGAGGAAGAGGAAGGCCCCGCUGCCACCCACAGGCUCCUUGAGCCAGGAGGAUAGGGAUGCCUAUGAGGAGAUUGUGAGGCUGCGGCAGGAACGGGCCCAAUUCUUGCACAAGAUCAGGGGCUUGGAGCUACAGGAGAAGCAGAGACGAGAGCGGGCAGAGCUGGAUGAGGGCUCCAUUCGCUCCAUGGAGAAGCAGAUCCAGGAGCUGGAGCAGCGGCUGGCAGCACGCGAUGGUGAGAAGCAGCGUCUGGGCAAGGAGGUGGAGGCUCUGCGAAGUCGCUUGUCCUCACUGGAGAAUGAGAAGGAGAACACGAGCUAUGACAUCGAGACGCUGCAGGAUGAAGAGGGAGAGCUGCUUGAGUUCCCAGGGGCAGAGCUGCUGCUCUCCAAAAAGACGCUGAGCCCCUCGACUGAAGAGCUGCUAGCCACGCUGCAGGGCCAGGUGCAUUCCCUCACCAUGCAGAACAAGGAGCUGAGGGAGAAAAUACAGAUCCUGGAGAACUACGAGAGGGACGAGAGCGACCGGGCCACCUCGGGUGACUUUGUCCCCGUCGGCCUCUACAACUCCCUCAAGUGUGAACUGGAGCAGCUGAAGGAGCAGCACGCCGCGGCGCAGGCUGCCUUGCGCACCCUGCACGAUGGCCAGCCCAAGGGCAAGGCUGUGCUGCCCAAGGCAGGCGGGCAGAUGAAGAAUGAGGAUGAGGGGCAGAUGCACACAAAGCAGGAAGACGUGAGCAAAGGCGGCAUCCGCAGGGAGGCGAGCCCUGGGCGGGAGACGAGCAGCGCAGCCGGGGAGAGAAGCACUGUGGAGCAGCUCACCCAAGAGCUUAGCCAGACCCAAGGCAAGUACAAGGAGGCACUGGCUGAGGUGCAGGCACUGCGGGAGCAGAUGCAGCUGGGCAUCCUCUCGGUGGUGGAGCCCACUGAGGGUACCGGUGCUGAGCUGGCAGCAGCAAAGGCAGCGCUGCAGCAGGCCCGGGAGGCCUUGGAGCAGCGGGAGCAGUGGGUGAGGGAGCUGCAAAGCCGACUGGAAGCUCGCGAGGCAGCUGGUGGCCCCCGGGCCUGCUCCGAAUCCGAGGACACCGUGGCCUCGCUGAGGGCGUCGCUGGAGGAGGCCUCACGGGAGAAGGAGGCCUUGAAGGAGCGCUGCGGCCAGGCGGAGGCAGCGGCGGAGGCCCUGCGCCGCAGCCUGGAGGCCAAGACGCGGGACUGGCAGGCAGCGGGCAGCCCUGAGCCAGAGGCUGGCGUGCUGGAGCGGCGCUUGGCCGAGCUGACGCAGCAGCACAGCGAAGUGAUGGCCCAACUGGGGCAGCUGCGGGAGGCGCUGGACCGCAAGGAGGCUGAGUUGGCCGCCCUGCGGGAGCAGCUGGCUGCUCAUCCUGUGGCCUGCCAGGAGCACGAGGAGGCCCUGGCGCGGCUGAAGCGGGCCCUGGCGGAGGCCGAGGGCCGCGUGUCACGCGACGAGCACGCCCGGGCCACCGGGGCACUGGAGGAGCAGGCACGGGCGCUGCGGGAGCGGGCAGCUCGGCUGAAGGCCGAGGCGGAAGCCAAGGGGCGCGAGGCUGCGCGGCUGGAGACCGAGCUGGCCAAGGCCCGGGAGGUGACAGUGCCGCGGGACGAGCACGAGGCGAUGCAGGCCGGGCUGCGGGCGGAGCUGGCGGCGCUGGCGCAGCGCCUCAGCGACCUGGCGCGGCGGCACGAGAAGACCAGCGAGGAGGUGUUCCGCGUGCAGCGGCAGGCGCUCUUCAUGAAGAGCGAGAAGCAGGCGGCCGAGGAGCGCCUGGCCGCCGUGCAAAAGCAGCUGGAGGAGGCACGGGCCGAGGCGCGGCGCCUCCAGGACCAGCACGGCCACGUCGAGGAUUCGGCCCGGCUGGUCAGGGACAAGGACAGGAAGAUCACUGAGCUCUCCAAAGAGGUCUUCAAGCUGAAGGAGGCCCUGAACGCCCUCCCCGAGCCCCGGGGUGCCCCACAGCUACCCCCCGACACUGCUGUGCUCCAGGCCAGGAUCCAGACCCUGGAGACACAGCUGGCGGAGAUGGAGACGCGGCACAGCAAGGUGGUCACGCUGUACCGGAGCCACCUGCUCUGUGCAGUGCAGGGCCACAUGGAUGAAGAUGUGCAGAAGCUCCUGUGCCAGAUCCUGAAGAUGCAGCGACUGCAGGAGCAGGGCAGAUGAGCUCCGGCCAAGCAGCCAGCACUGCGGCGCCCAGGGACACCGGCAGCAGCAGCAGCGGGGGGCAGGCUGAGGCUGAGCCCCCACAGCCAAACCGGCCCGCUG